CAUCGCUGCCUGCAACAUGAACGUGAUCUAUCCACUGGCGGUGCCCAAGGGGCGCCGGCUCUGCUGUGAGGUGUGCGAAGCCCCUGCCGAGCGGGUGUGCGCGGCCUGCACGGUCACUUAUUACUGUGGUGUGGUGCAUCAAAGAGCUGACUGGGGCAGCAUCCAUGAGAAGAUAUGUCAGCUCCUGAUUCCGCUGCGCACUGCCAUGCCCUUCUACAAUUCAGAGGAAGAACGGCAGCAUGGCCUGCAGCAGCUGCAGCUGCGGCAGAAGUAUUUGAUUGAAUUCUGCUACACCGUAGCCCAGAAAUACCUCUUUGAAGGAAAACAUGAAGAUGCUGUCCCAGCAGCUUUGCACUCUCUUCGAUUCCGCAUGAACGUGCAUGGCCUGAGUUCAGUAGAACUUGUGCCUGCUUACCUGCUGUUGGCCGAGGCUAGCCUUGGUCUAGGCCAGAUCAUCCAGGCUGAAGAAUAUCUGUCCCAGGCCCAGUGGACAGUCCUUAAAUCAACUGACUGUAGUAAUGCCACCCACUCUUUACUGCAUCGGAACCUGGGACUGCUCUAUAUGGCUAAGGAAAACUAUGAGGAAGCCCGUUAUCAUCUGGCCAAUGAUAUUUAUUUUGCCAGUUGUGCAUUUGGAACAGAGGACAUCAGAACCUCAGGAGGCUACUUCCACCUGGUUAAUAUCUUCUGUGACCUUAAAAAGUUGGACCUGGCAGACACAUUGUACAACAAGGUCACUGAGAUCUGGCAUAAAUAUUUGAACAACCACUAUCAAGUCCUCUCAGAGGCUCGCCUCCAACAAAUAGAUUUACUGGGAAAACGAUUUGAGAAUGACACUGGAUUGGAUGAAGCCCAGGAAGCAGAAGCCAUUCGGAUCCUGACUUCAAUCUUGAACUUCCGAGAAUCUACAUCUGACAAGGCACCCCAAAAAACUAUCUUUGUUCUGAAGAUCCUGGUCAUGCUUUACUUUCUGAUGAUGAAUUUGUCAAAGGCACAGGAAUAUGCUGUGAGAGCCCUGAAUCUAGCCAAAGAACAAGAGCUCAGUGUCAAUGAGCAAAGCACAAUUCAAGAGCUAUUAAGACUCAUCUCAGCUGAAGACCAUCCCAUUACUUAGUGAUUCAUGACUCUGUGUUAGGGGCUGUUCAAAGGGCUACUGAACAUCUAAUGUAUUCCAGCCCUGCACAACUGCUUUGAGAUACUCUGGACUGCUGAAGUUUCCACCCUCUUACCCUGGUACUGCACUCAUAGCUGUGAUUUUAUUCUUACACAGCAUAUAUGAGGGAACAUAGAACUUUAGUCACAGAAAUCAGUAAUGCUGUCGUUUAUCAUGACCUUUGUAUGACUUUGAGAAAUGUGUAGUCAAGUCACUAACAUGGUAUUUGUAAUUAAACUGCAGAUAGUUUGUUGUAUUUCCCAGAAGUCUCCCAGUGAUACAUGUUUCUCAGGUCUUUGCCAAAGGAGGGGCAGGGAAUAGAGCUAUAUUG